ACGAAUCAAAUUCAAAGGAUGGAAUGACGUCAGAGACCCUAUAAAACCAGCCUGCGCGCGAAAACUGCACCAGUCGCGUCGUCACGAGGGCACCGUCCACAGUUCCUCGAGAUACCGGCGUCUCAACAACCAACCUAAUUCAAAAUGCGUGAGUGCAUCUCAAUCCAUGUGGGUCAGGCUGGGGCUCAGAUGGGCAAUGCCUGCUGGGAGCUCUACUGCCUCGAGCACGGCAUCCAGCCCGAUGGCCAGAUGCCCUCUGACAAGACCGUCGGCGGCGGCGACGACUCCUUCAACACUUUCUUCAGCGAGACCGGGAGUGGCAAGCACGUCCCCCGCGCUGUCUUCGUGGAUCUCGAGCCCACGGUUAUCGACGAAAUCCGGACCGGCGUAUACAGACAGCUCUUCCAUCCCGAGCAGCUGAUCACCGGUAAGGAGGAUGCCGCCAACAACUAUGCCCGUGGCCACUACACCAUCGGCAAGGAGAUUGUGGAUAUCGUCCUUGACCGCAUCCGGAAACUUGCCGAUAACUGCACUGGCCUUCAAGGAUUCCUCAUCUUCCAUUCCUUCGGCGGCGGCACUGGCUCCGGCUUCACUUCCCUGCUCAUGGAAAGGCUGUCGGUGGACUACGGCAAGAAGAGCAAGCUCGAGUUCGCUAUCUACCCCGCUCCUCAGGUUGCCACCGCUGUCGUUGAGCCCUACAACUCUAUCCUCACUACCCACACCACCCUCGAGCACUCCGACUGCGCCUUCAUGGUCGACAACGAGGCCAUCUAUGACAUCUGCCGAAGGAAUCUGGACAUCGAGCGACCCACCUACACCAACCUGAAUAGGCUCAUUGGCCAGAUCGUGUCCUCCAUCACUGCCUCCCUGAGAUUCGACGGCGCCCUCAACGUUGAUCUGACCGAGUUCCAGACCAACUUGGUACCCUACCCACGCAUCCACUUCCCUCUGGUGACCUACGCUCCCGUUAUCUCCGCGGAAAAGGCUUACCAUGAGCAGCUGUCUGUGUCUGAGAUCACCAACGCCUGCUUUGAGCCCGCAAACCAGAUGGUGAAAUGUGACCCACGCCACGGCAAGUACAUGGCCUGCUGCCUGUUGUACCGCGGUGAUGUGGUACCCAAGGACGUCAACGCUGCUAUCGCUACCAUCAAGACCAAGAGGACCAUUCAGUUUGUGGACUGGUGUCCCACUGGCUUCAAGGUUGGCAUCAACUACCAGCCGCCUACCGUGGUGCCUGGCGGUGACCUGGCGAAGGUUUCUCGUGCCGUUUGCAUGCUGUCCAACACCACUGCUAUCGCCGAGGCCUGGGCCCGCUUGGACCACAAAUUCGACCUCAUGUACGCCAAGCGCGCCUUCGUGCACUGGUAUGUGGGUGAGGGCAUGGAGGAGGGAGAGUUCACCGAGGCCAGGGAGGACUUAGCUGCUCUGGAGAAGGACUACGAAGAGGUGGGCGUGGACUCCGCCGACGCAGAGGGCGAGGAUGAGGGAGAGGAGUAUUAAAUCUUGUCUCAGGCUGAUCUACAUUCCUUCAUGUUCUGUCCCAAUAAAUCUUUUAAUUUCUA